CUGCGAGGGGACUUCGAGGGUUAACUACAUUAUGCUCCUUGCUUCUCUUCGCCAUCUCCUCCUCCUCCUCCUCCUCCUCUUCUACUUCCUCUAACUCUCUUGCCCUUGACUCCACUCGGUCACGUUUCCACUUCACGCCGGACGACUGUUGCGCGGCUUCUUCCUACUGGCAAAGCGGCGCUUUCUGAUAUCCUGUUGACAUCAUGGACUCUCCUAGAGGACGCAGCAGAACUCCACCUUAUCGUUAUUCGGACUCUCCAUCUCCAAGACGCUCGUCUCGUGGCCGUUCACGGUCCAGAACUCCACCUUCAAGGAGGAACAGGGACAGGUCGGAUGUAAGGGAGGAUGCCACUAAUCCAGGAAACAAUUUAUACGUUACUGGUCUUUCUACUCGAGUAACAGAAAAAGAUUUGGAUGAACAUUUCUCUCGUGAGGGAAAGGUGGUUGAAUGCCGCCUUGUGGUUGAUCCUCGUACUCGGGAAUCUAGGGGUUUCGGCUUCGUAACCAUGGACAACGCAGACGAUGCUGAUCGCUGUGUGAAGUACCUCAAUCGCUCGACACUUGAGGGGCGUAUCAUAACGGUUGAGAAGGCAAAGAGGAAACGAGCUAGGACUCCAACUCCUGGGGAAUAUCUUGGUGUACGAGCUGCCGUGCAAGCUCACUCGCGUGGUUACGGAGGAGACUAUGGAGGACGAAAUGGAGGCAGAGAUAGCUACAGUGAUCGUCGUGCUCCACGGUACUCACCUUACCGAGGUAGAGAUGGUCGGGACAGAGAACGCUCUCCUCGACAUUCUCCAUACCGCGGAUAUCGUCGUGAACGCUCCCGGUCACCGCGCUACUCACCAUACCGUCGUUGAAAAACCUGACGAUGCCUUGGUCACGUGUAUAUCUGUCCCAGGAUUCUUGCGACGAUGAGUUCAGUUCGUUCACUAAAUGAAGUGCAGCGGUUGUGUGUAGCACUCCAUCUUUAUGUGAAGAUGUGUUUUUCAGUUUUAGAAACUUCCUAUUUCCUUUUGAAACGGGAUUGCUUCUGUAGCAGUCCCCCCUUUUUUUUUUUUUUUUUCUUUUCUUUUUUCUUUUCCUGAGGAACGGUAGUUUGUGAUAACGAUCAUUUUGAUGUCUUUGUCGGGCUUGAAUGUGCUUUUGUUAGUGUGAAGUGGGUUUUGCGCAUGAAUGCUACAAUCCUUUUAUUGGAUCAUUUUGUAUGUGGUAGUGAAUGAGUUUGCAGAAAGUAUUGUAAUAUACUAAGACAACUGUUCAAUUUA